AAGGCUGAAUGGCAAGGGUACUAGAUGAAUGCUCCAAAUAACGAUAGAUGAUUGAAACUAUGUGUUAUCGAGAUGAUACUGCUGUUACAAUCGCUCUUGAUUCGUCACAAACACAAACGGCAAUACGGGCGUGUCUGGCGUUUGAAGUCCAUCAGCUCGUUGAGUCAACCAGCUCGUUGAGUCAAUCAGCUGAGGGUCGUAGAGCAAUGUUUUCCCCACGAUCUGCUCCACGCACGUGAUAGACGUGGAGCAGAUAUAUUGUGGAACGCGCCCUACCAAUGACACGUCAUUGGAACCAGAUCAAAGGCAUUCUGAAGGUAGCCACACAACGACUGCAACUAUCCACUCACAACUUACAACACCACAAUGGAUAAGAAGGUCUGGGGAUGGAAGCGCAACGUCGGCUCUCAGGAGUACCUUAUCUCUACAGCCAAAGAGCUCCUGCCGCAUUCGUUCGUCCAGGAAGCCUUCGCUGACAAUGCCAUGUUUUGGGCCACGCCGAUGUCAGCGGAAAACCUUAAGACCAUGCUCGACAACUCCUGCACCCUUGGCCUUUACAGGGUAGAAAGUGGAGGGGGAUUGACACCUGUCGGGAUGGCGCGCCUUGUCACGGACUUUGUGACGCUUGCGUAUCUGACCGAUGUCUACCUGAGGGACGAAACACGCGGCCUUGGUUUGGGAAAGUGGAUCAUUCACUGUUCCAGAGGGAUUGCGCUUGACGUUCCCGAGCUUCGAUUUAUGCUGCUGUUGACCGGCUCAGAGCAGGCGCAACAAUUGUACCGACGUGAGUGUGGGAUGGAAAGAUUCGGAGACGAGCACGCACUGGCCGCCAUGGGCGCUCGGAGGACGAAACUGGCCGAAGCUGCUACUGCGUCGAAACACUUAAGCACCGACAACGCCGCGUAAAAUUACGCGCAGGAUCGACUUUGCACACAGAUCGCAGUAUCCGCUGGAGCAACAACGUGCACUGAUGGUUGGGUUCGAUGCAUGACAUUGCGUUUUGUUGUUUCUGGUUAGUGCGGGGCUCUUGCGCAAGCCACUAAGCAUUCAAGGAAGGCGCAAGUCCGUGCGCUAGCGUCGAUGCCGCCAUCUAUCGCAUCAAGGGUUCGCCGGAGGUUCUCUGACAACCACCGAAUCAGGUAGACUAGGCCAGAACAUCUACUUGAAGCCGACAUGUGGGCUCGAGACGC